AUUUAUCAACUAUGGAUGAAGCAAAGGGGAAAAGUCCUGUUCUGCUAUUGUCAUGAUGUUUGUUAAUUUAUUCAUAUUAAUCAACUCGUGUUUUUGUGUAUAGGCUAAUACUGUAUUGUUUUGACAAAAUUAAAAUUCCAAAAGCACCAAGUGUAUGGCUAUUACAGUGCACUGUAAAGAAUAACGCAUGACUGUAAUUUGGCUUCUGUAUGUAUGUAUGUAAUGAGCAUGAAAUGAACAUUAUCGCAUGUCCAUCUCAGAGUCACCCCGUAUUGCGAAGCAGGUCACGAGGAGGUUCAAGAGCAUUAAUUCACUCUAAUAGGCUUAUUCCAAGCCAGGACAGCCAACCUGCUGCUGUUACCUUGUCCUAAUAUCCACGGCAACAUUCUAUUUUAAUAUGUUAAACUAAAUUGCGGCGAGAAAUGGUAGAAACGUUCGACGAUAUCUCGAGGGAGUAGGUAUCCUGUACCAAAUACAGUUAACCUUAGGAUCAAAUGUUUUAAGUGGGACACAUGGGCCUGUUAGAUAAACUGUCGGGAUGGCUGGGGCUGAAGAAGAAAGAAGUGAACGUGUUGUGUUUGGGACUGGACAACAGCGGGAAAACGACCAUCAUCAAUCAACUCAAACCCAGUAAUCAAAGCUUAUUUGGCCCACUCUCAGACGACUGGAAACAUGUUAGUCAGGUAAAGACCCAGACACAAGACAUUGUCCCAACUAUUGGCUUCAACAUAGAAAAAUUCAAGAGUUCAAGUUUGUCCUUCACAGUGUUUGACAUGUCUGGUCAGAGCAGAUAUAGAAACCUAUGGGAACAUUACUACAAAGAGAGUCACGCCAUCAUAUUUGUCAUCGAUAGUGGAGAUCAAUUACGAAUGGUCGUUGCCAAAGAGGAGCUGGAUACUCUUCUCAAUCACCAAGACAUCCGCAGCAGGAGGUUGCCAGUGCUGUUCUUUGCUAAUAAGAGUGACCUGAGAGAAGCCAUGUCUUUAGUCAAAGUCUCUCAGCUGCUCUGUCUGGAAAACAUCAAGGACAAACCCUGGCAUAUAUGUGCCAGUAAUGCUGUAAAAGGAGAGGGUCUACUGGAGGGGGUGGACUGGCUACAAGAGCAAAUUGCACAAUCAUAUCAAAACAAUGAAGACUUGAUGAAAUAAAAUGGAUGAAAUGCUUAUGAUGAAGGAUCGUGAUGGGGAGAAGAGAGGCUUCAGUGACUACAACAUGGCUCCUCCAACUGGGUGUCUUUGGUUAUCUGAUGUCACUAUUUAUACGGUGCAAGGGAAUCACUUGUUUCCUCUUUCUAUUUGUUACUCUGUCAUGAUGCCUGCUGUAUGAUACUGUUGUAAAGUGUUGAUGUGAAGUGUUGCUGAACAGCUUGUUGCAGUGUAGAAACUACCCUCCGAGAUUGUUUGUGUGUUAUUCAGUGUUACAGCACGUGGUGUGUAACUGUGCUGACUGAAUGUGGAAAGAUAUGAUUAAUGUAUUCUGUUGUAACAUUUUUACCCUCUACAUUUCUGAGCUGUACUUAAUGCUUGUUUUUUUUAUGCCAUUUAAUGUGCUGUGACUGUUUUUCAGACAUAAACUCAGCAAAAAAAUAAAUGUC